AUGAAAGUUGUAUUGUCUAGUGCUGCGCAUAUCCUCAACAAGAAGCAGUGCACAAUCUUCAGCAUAGAUAUAUGGCCUGGAGAUGCUUCGUACUUUAUCACGGGAGGACAGGACGGAUCUGUCCGGGCGUGGAGAGUAUUUGGGGGAAAAACCACGGAGGAAGGCUCCUUUUCCAAGCACGCAGGGGCUGUUCUGUGCACGAGAUUCUCCCAGGACGGGAAUAUGCUUGCCACAGCCUCAGACGACGGGAAUGUGAUCGUUUGGGGGGUUACAAAGACAGAAAAUGCGUUCAAACUCCACACGAAGAAGAGACUUUCCGACCAUAAAUCAGACGUCUCCAGCAUCGCCUGGGGGCGGAAGUACUUAGCCACGGGAGGAUACGACGGAUCUGUUUUUGUGUACGACAGGGAGAGCUUCCGCCUUGUGACCCGGCUGGAGAAGCACGAGAAGGGGUGCAAGGGAAUUUCCUUCAGCCCAGGGUCAGGCUACAUCUCAACGUACGGGGACGAGGGCGAGCUUUUCCUCUACAAUAAGCUCCUGAAGAAAAUUGCGUCGACAAAAAAGCCUUUCAAGGGCGUGCAAAUGGAGUCUUUUUUUGCGCGGAUGAGCUGGAGCCCGGACGGGAAGUAUAUAGCCUGUGGGCUUGCCUUUUUCGAGGGGCAGGACGCAGUUUCCCUCCUCACGCCCUCUCUCACGCGAAAUUACACGCUUAUAGGGCACGCUGCCCCCGUGGAAACGGUGGCUUUCAAUCCGUGGCUCUGGAGGAGUGCAGGAGCUUCCUCGUACAUACUCGCUACAGGGUCCCAGGACAGGAGUGUCGCUAUUUGGAGCUCCUCCAGCUCUAAGCCGCUGAUUUUGCUGAAGGAGGUCUCAGAGCAGCCGAUAAUGGAUAUGCAGUGGGCUCCCGAGGGAAGAGUCCUUAUGGGAUGCACGUACGAUGGAUCUGUUUUUCGGCUGGAGUUUGAAGAGAAGGAGCUGGGAGAGCCAGUAGCUCCUGCCGUUGAGGAGGACGUAGUUCUGCCGUACGCGAGAGAGUUCGUGGAUGCGGAGAAGGGAGAGAAAUUCCCGUCUCCCCCGGGGGAAGCCCAGAGCGAGGGCGGAGAGAAAAGCGAGGAAAAAUCUCAAAAAACUCCGAGCGAAGAGCCGAAGAAAAAGAAAAUUAUCCCGAGGUUUAUAGCCCCGCUCGAAGAACCCUCAAAAACAGGCGUAGUUAAGGGUCCUCGCGUGGUGCUUUUCACGCAGGCGUGCACUGAUAAAAGCCCAGAAGUACUCCCGGGGAGGUGCAUAGCCCACAUGGAGACGCACGCGAAAGGCGUAAAGUACGAAAUAUCCGUGAAGGCAGAGAAAACUCUUUUGAGCACGCGGAGAAACGGGAGAGAGUGGUUUUCAACGGCAGGACAUGCGAUAAAGAUGGUGGGAGCAGAUGGGAGUCUCCUUGCGAUAGUGAGUGCAGAGGGGGCACGAGCAGGGAAGAUGGACACUCUCUGGAUAUACUGCCUCGAGAGGGGAGUUCUUCUCCUCCCGGGGAUCCCCUUCAGGGAAAUUGUUUCUGUCGACGUGAAAGGGCGGAGAGUCCUGGCAGUUGCAUUUGGGGAGUUUCGGGUGAUUGACGUGGAUUUGCACACGACAGUUGAAGGAUGCGUGGUGGGACACUCUGGGAUUGUGAAUAUCCUGCUCAGUGAUGUAUACUUCCUGCUGGCGCUGUACGAGGAUGGGACUACACAGUAUUACGACCCGGGGAUGAAAAUGUGGUUUGUCCUGGAGAUGAACAGUCCCUCUGCGUACUGCGAGACGUACUUGGGGGAUGGGGAGAAGGACUGCACUUUUGAGUUUCUGGAGAAUCGGUGUCUUGCUGGACUCCUGCACGGGGACUGGGACUUGGUCGACGACAGUUUGGAGAAGAUCAUAGGGACUGCAGCCAGGUCCGAGGAAAGUGCGCCUGGUCUCCUGAAUCGAGUGAAUGCCGUUAUUGAUCAGGUUGUAGGUGCACAGAACUGGCCGCAGGAGAAGGCUCUGCUGGUUUGCAACCUCCUGGUGAAGCAUGCGGAUACGGAGGAGUUCCAGAAGUAUGCGCACACGAAGACGAGGGAAAUACGCGAAAGAGCAGGUCUUCCCUGA